ACACCUGUCUCUGAACAUUUCUAUCUGUUCUACUGACACACCCACCGCAUAUUUCUCUUGUCUUUUGGCCGCCUAUUUUCUGAUCACUGCGACGCGACGUCUUAUCAACCGUCAGCAACAAGACCCAACAACCGCCAUCGCCGUCGCCAUGUCGCCCAAUAAGACCUACAAGGUCCUGACGCCCGAGCAGGUCUCGCACUUCCUGGAGCACGGCUACGUGGUGAUGCCGGGGUGUUUCAGCCGGGCGGCGGCGGCCGAGUGGACGCGCGACGUGUGGACGCGGCUGGGCAUGGACCCGGCGGACAAGACGACGUGGGCGCGCGAGCGCACCAACAUGCCGGAGCACCGGCGGCUGACGGUGGCCGAGUUCGCGCCGCGGGCGUGGGACGCCAUCUGCGACCUGGUCGGCGGCGAGGCGCGCGUGACGGACAAGAGCCGGACGUGGAGCGACUCGUUCAUCGUCAACCUGGGCACCCCCGAGGGCGAGGGCCGGGAGUACCACCCCAAGGAGCUCGAGGGGUGGCAUGUCGAUGGCGACUUCUUCAUCCACUUCCUCGACUCGCCCGAACAGGCACUCCUGGUAAUCCCCUUGUUCACCGACAUCCUCCCCAACGGCGGCGGCACGUGGAUCUGCACCGAAGGACCGGCGCGAAUAGGCCAGUGGCUGUACGACCACCCCUCGGGCGUCACGCCGCACAUGGUCCCAGUCUCCUCACCCCCAACGGAAGGUGAAGGUCAAGGCGAUCCCGGCCUGAAAUUCUUCAACGACACCGUCCAGGGCUGCGCGCCGGCAUCCUUCCACGAGAUGACGGGCCAGGUGGGCGACGUGGUCCUGCUGCACCCGCUGAUGCUGCACACGGCGUCCAAGAACGGGCGGCGGCUGGCGCGCAUCAUCACCAACCCGCCCGUGAGCCUGCGGGAGCCGUUCAACUUUGACCGCCGCGGCGGCGCCGACGAGGGCGAGGGCGACGACAAUGAUGGGAGUGAGGGCGCGUACUCGCUGGUCGAGCUCAAGACGAUCCGCGACCUGGGCGGGCCCGACAGGCUGCGCGGCUGGACCAUCACGGGCGAGCGCCGCGCCGUGGUCCCCGAGCGGCUGCGCGUGCAGGCCAAGUGGAUGGAGGAGGAGAACCGGCGGCUGCGCGAGCGCGGCGUCGAGUAUGCGGACCGCACGCAGACCGAGGAGAUGGUCCAGCAGCAGGCCCAAGGGCUGGUCGCGGUGGCUUGAGGGAGGGAGGGAGAGAGAGAUACCCAUCCAUACCCUGUGGCUUUGAGAGAGAGAAUGUACCCGGGUAUGAAGGGAGGAGAUUUUCUCCUGAUUCACGCAGAGCCAGAAACGCAGAAUGCUAGAUGCUAAGACACAGAGACUGACUGACAUUCUUGACCAAGAGGGCACAUCGUGGAGGAGACGGCCGGUCUGUAAAACGAGGAUGGGGGUUGAAUACGUCUGAUGAAGCACCCACGACCUGGGAUCUGCGGAUCACAUUCACCCUUUUGCGACUGUGAAGCAGUCGGUUAUGGAGAUGUCUUCCAUUCAGCUUGGGCUUGCUAAACGAUCGAAGAUCCAGAGCACUUGCAACAUGGGACUAAAGGGAGUUGCUGCAUGGUCGUCAAGGCCGACAAUGUCG